GGAGCUCACUCUUUCGGAUCGUCCUUGUACCCGUAGCCGUUUCUGCUGGCUGGUCCUUGUCAGCACUGUUGUGCACUGGUAGGUAGUUAAAAACGUUCCCACCAUGGCCCCUGAUGCCAACAAGAAGAAUAAGGCGCUUCUACAUGUAGGGGCCUUUCUCGACACUACUGUCAUCUACGAGACCAAUCCAGGCAAAAACGCUGCGGGACUACAAGAAAACGAUUGCAAUGAUACGAGUGGUUGUGUAACGGAGGAAGAGCCGUCGUUGGAGUGCGUCCUGCAACCACGCCUGCUGACUGACUUUUCGUACGUCGAAAACCCCGUACGAUGUUCGUUGCGAUGUCAAGGCACGACGAAACACUUGGCUUGCAAUGGAAAAAGUGCCGUCUUUCUGCAAGACUCUCUCGCUACUAGUAGUUCUAGCAGUAGUAGUAACGACGAGUUUGCGAUUCUCCCCCAAGCUGACGGGUCAGUGCUCCUGCGCAAUACCAAGACGCAACAAUACCUAUGCUCUUCCACCAAGGGAUCCGUGUACGCUUCGGAAACGGGGUGUGAUGGUAUGGAACAGUGGAUCAUGACCACGAAUAAUGAUACGAGUAAGGAACGGUCCUACGCGGUUCUCUCUUCGUCCGUCAGUCAACGAGUGCUGACUUGCUCGGGAAACACCAUUCACGCGGCGUUACCGGAAGACAUCAACAUCUGCAACCCCAAACGACGACAAACGAUCUCGUGGUCCCUCGAAUUCACUUCUGGAGAGCUCUGUUUCAUGUCUUUGCCAUUGAUGAACAAGCAAGUCCGAUGCAACCUCAUUGGGGAGCUUUCCUUGAGCACCAAUUUUCAAGGAUGGGAGGCUUGGAGGUUCUCCGAAACGGGGCAGCACGACAACGUUCGCAUCUCCCCGUGGGCUCAUUCCGAACUAUUCUUGGCUAGCAAUGAGGAUGGAGUGGUGAGUUGUUGUACCAAGGAAGAGAGUGCGAUUCAAGGAUCAUCCACUAUUUGGAAUGUCCAAAAGGCGCCAAAUGGAUUGUACGGGGUUGUUAUCAAGGCUGUGGUUCCAACCUCCUCAACGUCAACUGCCACUGCCGGUAGCAGAGUUCUUCGAUACGACUGCCACCAGCAAUGUUUCUGUACCAUUCCAGAUACAGCUCUCUUGUUGGAUGAAUCUUGUGUCUGGGAUUUGGAAUCCUUGCAUCGACAAACCUACUACCUAGUCACCGCCGACAAUGCACGACGGCUGGAAGGAGCGAAAAGAGGUAUAACGACCCGAGGAUAUCCUGGACGCCUGAUCACAGAAGAAUGGAAGAUUGAACCGGUUCCUGGUAGUCCCAAGGGAGCUGUUCGCUUGUAUUCCAAUGCGCGACAACAAUACUUGGUGUCCAAUCAAGACGGAGAGGUAUCCUUGCGUCCGCACAAUGAACCCUCAGAACGAGACGGAUCCGACCAUUGGGUCAUGGAAGAACGAGAAGACGGCAUUGUCGUUCGAGCGUACCAAACUAAACGCGUAUUGGUGGCACCCGACAAGGGCCCCGUCAGCACGGUUGAACCAGGAACGAUUGUACAUGGAAAUACUCGCUGGAGACUCGAGCCCAAGACUCCUCGUCAAGUGAGCAAAGAAAAACUCCAGGGUGUGGGCGGAGCCGUUGCCGUGGGCAUUAUUGGAACCGUGGCCACUCCUCUGUUGAUUGGCGCUAUCGGGAUUGGGAGUAUUGGAGUGGCCGGCCAGGUGGCCAUUGGAAGCAUCCGAGCUGUCGAGGCGCUCAAUACAGUGACACAAGUCACUUUGAGUUCCUCUCAGCUCAUGAUUGGUGAUUCGUCCUCCACCUUUCUCUCUUCGGCUGACUCGACGUCAAGGCUGGUUGGGAGUGCUGGCAAUGACGGGGGAAAGAACAAGACCAGACCUUUCUGUUCGUGGCGUUCCUGGUAGACAGGCCAGAACAUGAUACAACACUAAAACGCCGGCUUCUCAUUUUCUCUCGAGCUCUCGUCAUGGUGGCCCGGAACGCAAUUGUGGAGGAACGCAGUUGUGGAGGCAAUCUUCAAAAAGACACAAAACAACAAAAACUUGCUAGAGCUAAUACGCUUUUGCAGCUAGAGAAAUAGAAUACAGAAUACAUCCAUGUGAGCAAGAGAAGUUCCUCCUCUCAUUCCUCAGUCUUUCUCCAAUAGAGCUUGAAUCUAUCUUGGUCUGGCUGGUGCUGUUGUUGUUCUUGGCUGGUGGCUUUGACAUGUUCGAGGCGGUGGAUCGUUUGCGCAAGUCUUAUAGCAGACCACCAUCAUCAUGAACACUAUCGAUAUGGAUUGUUUGAGAGCGUACGAGAGGUUACUAUGGGGUAGAGUGGAUUAUGGGUGAGAGUGGAUGCCAGGGGUACGCGGAAGCGCAGGCAGGAGUGGCUGCAAGCACAACCAGGAGCGAUCAGGCCAUCAAGGAUCUCAAGGCCAACAGACAAGGACCACAAGAAUCCCAAAGGGGCCAGGGGGGGGGUGGUGGAGGAGAUGAU